AUGUUAACGCUACCAUUUGAUGAGUCUGUUGUAGUGCCAGAGUCCCAGAUGUGCAGAAAGUUUUCCAGAGAAGGUGAGGAGCCGAAGCAAAUCAAGAAACCGGAAAGCUUUGCAAAGCAGAUUACGCACCAAGGGAAAAGCAUCAAAAGGUCGACGGCGGAAGAUACAGAGAAAGAGGAGGUGGAAGAUGACCGAGAGGAGGAAGACGAAAACGGCUUGCCCAGGAGGAGGGGCCUUCGGAAAAAAAAGACGACCAAGAUGAGAAUCGAGAGGGUCAAAUUCAGGCGACAGGAAGCCAACGCGAGAGAAAGGAACAGAAUGCACGGCCUCAACGAUGCGUUGGACAGCUUAAGGAAAGUGGUCCCUUGUUACUCCAAAACGCAAAAACUGUCUAAAAUAGAAACUUUGAGGCUGGCUAAAAAUUACAUAUGGGCUCUUUCCGAAAUCUUACGGAUUGGCAAGAGACCUGACCUGCUGACGUUUGUCCAGAACUUGUGCAAAGGUCUCUCACAGCCCACGACAAACUUGGUCGCAGGAUGCCUACAGCUCAACGCGAGAAGUUUCUUGAUGGGUCAGAGCGGGGAGGUGGCCCACCAUGCCCGAUCUCCCUACUCCACUUUCUACCCCCCCUACCACAGCCCAGAGCUGAGCACAGCCCCAGGUCAUGGGACCCUCGACAAUUCCAAGACCAUGAAACCCUACAAUUAUUGCAGUGCUUACGAGUCCUUCUAUGAGAGCACUUCUCCCGAGUGCUCCAGCCCCCAGUUCGAAGGUCCCUUAAGUCCUCCCCCAAUUAACUAUAAUGGGAUAUUUUCCCUCAAGCAAGAAGCAGCUUUGGACUAUGACAAAAACUACAAUUACGGCAUGCAUUAUUGUGGCGUGCCACCCAGGGGUCCCCUUGGGCAGAGUUCUGUGUUCAGGUUGCCUGCAGAGAGCCACUUCCCUUACGACCUACAUCUGCGCAGCCAGUCUCUCUCCAUGCAAGAGGAAUUAAAUGCAGUUUUUCAUAAUUAA